AUGGAGUCGUCGUACGCAACAUUUCCUUCGGACAGCAACUCAAAUGAUUCCGACGAGCCAACAUCCUCAGACUCGAGUCCGUUGAUGCUCUAUUCUCCGCCAACAUUUUGGAGCAUAUUGAGAGGCGCCGGGAUCAACCUCCUAUUGCCGUUUGUCAACGGACUAAUGUUGGGCUUCGGAGAGCUAUUCGCACAUGAGGCGGCAUUCAGAUUGGGCUGGGGAAAGACCAAGGUCUUCCCUGCACACCGGUCAUCGCGCUCGAUAGGUCCGGGUAUUGAGAUACGAGAUGACCCAGUUGAGCGGAAACGAAGGKAUGGAAGGGAACUUGACAUGUACACCGCGCUCGAGUAA